AUGGCUGGAUUUUCGGUUAGAUUGGUUAUAACCGAUAACCGAAAUGUCAGUUACCGGUUAACCGCGAAGCCAGUCUCGUCUACCGCCAACCGGAAGUCAUCGGUUAACCAGCAACCGACCGGUCGGUUACCGGUUAGUUGCUCGAUUAACCGUGGUAACCGACCGAACGGGUAUUCGGAGAAGAAGGAGAAGAAAAGGAAGGAGAAGAAGAAGAGGAAAGCUGCGGAGAUGGGGAGCGAGGAUGAGGAGAGGAGCGAGAAGAGCUCAGAGCUGGGCGAGCCGAUGAAUUUGAAAUCGGAAAAUAAGAGCAAGAAGGGUAAGAAGGCGAAGGUUUCCAGCGGCAGGGAAGAAGAAGACGGGGAAGAUGACGACGGUGAGGUCGAGGAGAUGAAGCCGGAGGAUCCCAACGCCGUGACCAAUUUUCGGAUAUCGGAGCCGUUGAGGAUGAAGCUCAAGUCCAGGGGGAUUGAGGUGUUGUUCCCUAUUCAGGCGAGAACGUUCAAUGAUGUCCUCGACGGUUGUGAUUUGGUCGGUAGGGCUCGCACCGGUCAAUCGGGGAGGGUCGGAGGGAGAUGGUCGAUAAGAGGGAAAGGAAUGUCGCCGCCUGAGGGAGGUGGUCGAUGGAGGAGGGUUGGGCAGGAGGCAGGCGGCAGGGAGAGUGGGAGAGUCCAUAACUUGUUCCAUAACUUGUUCAUCAUCAAAGCCAUCAUUCUCACAGAAUAUGGUUUGAGUCAAACCAUCAACAUCUGA